UUACCAUCAAGAAGUGCAAAAAUUGAUAAAUGUUUAGUUAUCAAUCUAUUUAUUGUUAGUUUUGAAAGUAAAAUUUGAUGUAAAAUCAACAAUCUAUUUUUCUUUGGUGUAUAGGAAACUAUAAAGGCUAGUGAUGUAGACGAACUCAAUCGUGCAGGUUGAACAUUUAAAAAUCAUAUGAAAAGAAUCCCAGUUCGGUGACGCCGGACACACAUACAAUUAAAGUCAUAAUAAAUGUAGUAUGGAGAUAUAGCAUGGGUAGUAGCACUUGUUGAUUAAUUUAUAUGUUCUUUUUUUUUUUCUUUCUCUUGCUAUUUUAAGUUUAGGGAAGUACAACUUCACAAAUCACAAGCAUGUGAACAUGGAACUUAAAUGAAGGAGAAGAUAUUCUUGCCUUGUGAUAUCAUCAUGAGUUCAACAACUUGAGUUUUUCUCUGUUAUAAGCUCCAUUUAUAAAUUGGUGAUAUAUUGGUAUAUGAUGGCCAGUAAAAACUUAAAGGAAGUUGCAUUAUCAGGGUCUUUUGAUAUUAGAAAAGAAUUCCGUCUUCAGAAGGAUGGUGCCAAGAAAAGGAGAUUUCGCCGUGCAAGGAGUGCUCCUGUAAGGGAGUUUUCUGAAAAAGUAAGUAGUAGUGAUGCAGCUGAUAAUAAUGCUUCUACAAAAAGUCCAGAAAAUCUAUUGAAGAGUAUUCACCCAAGCCUCAGAAAAGUAGCCGUGGCCUUGAUUAUAUACCUCAGUGUUGGUGUUCUCUGCUUCUACCUGAUCAGAAAUCAGAUCAGUGGUAAAAAGACAAAUGCUGUACUUGAUUCUCUUUACUUUUGUGUGAUCACAAUGACCGCGGCUGGAUAUGGGGACCUAGCUCCAAAUACCGACCUUGCAAAGCUCUUUGCUUCUGCUUAUGUCUUUGUAGGGCUGGCUUUGAUUGGAUUGAUCCUUAGCAAGGCGGCAGAUUACCUUGUUGAAAAGCAGGAGGCACUGCUUGUUAGAGCAUUGAGUAUGAGUCAUGAAUUUGGUCCUAGUGACAUUAUGAAGAAAAUUAAAAGAAACAAAGCAAAGCAUAAAGUUGUCUUGAUUUUUGUAUUUCUCUUGUUUCUUAUGCUAAGUGGAACACUAUUUCUGAAGUUUGUUGAGAAGAUGAGAUUUUUUGAGGCAUUUUAUUGUGUGUGUGCUACUGUUUCUACCCUGGGAUAUGGAUACCCAAGUUUUAGUUCAAUGGGAGGUCGAGUUUUUGCAAUCUUGUGGAUUUUGAUCGGAACCAUAUGUGUAGCACAGUUCUUCCUUUAUCUUGCAGAGUUACAUUCUGAAAGGAGACAGAAUCAUCUGGUUGAGCGUGUUCUUACCCGGUGCAUGACUGAUUUUGAUAUAGAGGCAGCUGAUCUCGACGAUGAUGGAGUUAUUGAUGCUGCUGAGUUUGCUUUAUAUAAGCUGAAAGAGAUGGGAAAAAUUACACAGGAAGAUAUAUCACUUGUAAUGGUAGAAUUUAAAGAACUUGAUGUUGAUCAAUCAGGGGCGAUAUCUACAGCUGACAUAACAUUAGCUCAAUCAUCUCCACCAGCAGCAAAAUUGCCUUCUGAGAGGAAGACUCCUUAACAUACUGAAGUUUGAAGAUAUUUUGCAAGUUUGAUCUUUGAAUAUUCAAUAUCAUACCAAAUAUGUAGAUUGUUGUCUGAUCACUAUUCUUUCAGUAAUUUGUAUGGGUUCUAAAUUCCUGAAUCCUGCUAUAUUACCCUGAAACUGUAUCUUCUGAUACACUAUACUUCUAACAUUUUUUGUCCAAUUGUUUGGAAUUAAUAGUUACCUUGUUGAAGUAGUUUGAACUUUGAACUAGUAGUAUAUGAUGUGUUAGAGCUGCCUUUUAACUUGAAAUAGUUGAAAAAGAACUGUAAGUCAACUUUACAUGAAAUUAAAGUUGAGGCAAAUUUAAGUUUUAACUACUAAUUAUUGGCUUGAAAAGUGUGGGCUUAAGUUGAUUCAGAGUAUAAAUGUUACGAGAUGAGCAACCUCAAGCUUGGCUUGGAUGUGCAACACGGCCAACACCCCAAUGCCAUGUCUAUCAAAGUCACAUUUUCUAGGGUAAAAAUUAGGAAUUCCUCAAAGCUUUUUUAAAUUUAUUUAUUUUUUAUUUUAUUUUUUUUACACAAAAAGAAGCUUGCAAUUGGAUCACAUGUUGUAUCAAAUCUUUCAUAUUCCUUUUUUUUUUAUCAAUUUUGGAUUGAAUUUAAAUGAAUUACGUAGUAGAAUCAUGUUGAGUCACUAAGCUCUAGGGCGUCUUCUAUAUAAUGAUGUUAUUGGAGUGGAUGUGCCACAUUUAGUACCUCCUUAGUUUCUUUGUAUUGUUUUUAAGUUUUUUGGGGCUUUGCCUCGUGUGCACCAAAAAAAAAA